AUGAAUAAAAUAGAACAAAAAUUAUAAAAAAGGUAAUAUUGAUUAGCAAUAAUUAGUCAACCAAAUAAGUAAAUUAUAAAAUUUUUGCCAAUAGCUGAGUAACUAGUUAGUGAUCAUUGUUUCACCGCUAUAACUCAUCUCCUCAAAAAGUAAAAAAAUAUCAAAGGAAUGCUUUUGUCAUCAUAGUAAUGA